UCUAGCUCGACGGAGUCGAACAGAAUGAACCGAUUCCUUCGCGAGUCGCUGAAACCGGACAGUUCACGCGCCGCAAUUCAGGAGGAGCACGCAGAUCUGCCUCUGUCUCUGCACCCUUGAGGGCGGACACACCGCUGGAAACAUCCCCAGCAUGGAGCUGAUUAAUGAGUGGUUAUGGAGGCAGGAGUACUGGCUUCCCCCUGGAAUCACCUGGAAGGAUUUGGAGCAGAUGGAGGGUUCUCCGUUCCCCCGGGACCUGCUCAUCUCACUGCCCCUGGCACUUGGUUUCAUAGGCCUAAGAAAGGUUUUUGAGAGGUGCAUAGCUGUUCCUCUGAGUAGACUGUUAGGGGUGAAAGACAAGUUGCGCUUAUCAGCCUCACCUGCCCCAAGCCUGGAGGCCUUUUACGGCAAACACAGCAGACAACCUGCACAGAAUGAGCUCAGCAGUCUGAUGAAGCAGAGCAGCCUAACCCAGAAACAAAUAGAAAUCUGGUUCCGUCAUCGUCGAAAUCAGGACAGACCCAGCAACACCAAGAAGUUCUGUGAGGCAAGUUGGAGGUUUGUCUUCUACUUAAUAUCGUUCAUUGGUGGACUUGCAUCGCUUAUCGAAACAUCUUGGUUUUGGGAGCAGAAGGAGUGCUGGAGGGGAUAUCCCCAACAGCGUGUGGAGAAUGUGCAUUACUGGUAUUACAUGCUGGAACUAGGCUUCUACUGGUCCCUGCUGCUCUGUGUCUCUGUGGACGUCAAGAGAAAAGAUUUCAAAGAACAAAUUGUCCACCACAUUGCUACCAUCUUUCUGCUCGGAUUCUCUUACUGUGCCAACUACAUCCGCAUUGGCACUCUGGUCAUCCUCGUCCAUGACUCCUCUGACUUCCUGCUAGAGUCAGCAAAAAUGUUCAAUUAUGCAGGCUGGAAAAAAACCUGCGACUCGCUAUUUGUGGUGUUUGCUGUGGUGUUCCUGGUCACACGCCUGGUCGUGUUUCCAAGCAAGAUCAUAUACACUACUCUGAUCUCGUCGAUGGACUUCUUCCAGCCAUUUGUAGGGUAUUAUUUCUUCAACUGUCUGCUCCUAGUGCUGCAGUCCCUGCACAUCUUCUGGGCCUGGCUCAUACUCCGCAUGAUCUACAAGUUCCUCUUUCUGGGAAAGUUGGACAAAGACGAACGCAGUGACGAUGAAAGUGAGGCAGACGAAGAGGAGGAGGAAGAAGAAGAAGAUGGAGAUGAAGAAGAGGAUCAGGCCUCAUGGAGGAAGAGGAAAGUGGUCCUCGAUUCCAAACUGGCCAUGAUGACUUCCAGUUGUGUUUUAAACAACUUGGCUAAUCAGAGAGUCAGUGUGAGCAGCAGAACCCCCAAAGCGAGAUAGCGAAAGAGAGAGAGAGAGAGAGCACUGAGGUUACUCUUAUUGUUGUGUUCACUAUUAAUUUAAAAGAAUUAAGACAGGGGUGUAACAUUUUGGACCUUGUAGCCAUAAGACAUUGCUACUGACUGCCAAUGUUAUGCAUAUCCUAGACUGUCAUAGCAGUUCAUAACACCUCUGGCUCUAAUGCUAGUCUCACACACUAAAAACUAUGGGCUGGUCCUUCAUACUACUGGAGUUUCACUGCACUCGAUGUUUCUGUGCUUUCUGCUUUUAACAGACAGACGUUUAAGUGGCUGCUAAACAAAACAAAAACAUGGUUUUGGAAAAGUACGGAAACGUCCAGUGCAGAGGGAACCGAUCGAGCAGAAUUGUGAAACACUGUAUAAGUGAUAAACAAAGUAUGCACAAAUAUGUAUGCUUUCUUGACAGUACCAUAAGCUGAAGACGAAAGACUACACAAUAAUGGAAGCCUUCAUGAAAACUCACUGUUAUUUGUACAUAUGCCUUUUCUCUGUUUUUAAUCUGUAUUGUAUUAUUAAAUGAGUUGAACAA